ACUCACUCACUCACUCAUCCUCACUUGUUCGGGAGCAAUGAGUAAGACAGUCCACUCCGACCCCAAGCUGCUGUCUGUUGGUCCCCUAAGAGAGUGUAACGACCUGGAGAAGAGGGAAGUGGAGCUGAUUUUGGUGAAGGAACGCAACGGCGUUCAGUACACGAACGCGGCUCUGGUCCGCGGCGCCUCUGCCCAGUGCCCCUCCACCGAGGACAAGGAUGUGGGCAGAGAGGUUUGGGGUAAGAAGAUCGACUUCUUGCUGUCGGUGGUUGGCUUUGCGGUGGAUUUGGCCAACGUCUGGCGGUUCCCUUUCCUCUGCUACAAGAACGGAGGCGGUGCAUUCCUCAUCCCUUACUUGUUCUUUCUGUUAAUCGCUGGAAUGCCCUUGUUUUACAUGGAGCUAGCAUUGGGACAGUACAACCGAGAGGGUGCUGCUACUGUCUGGAAAAUCUGCCCCAUCUUCAAAGGUGUGGGCUACGCUGUGAUACUAAUAGCCCUGUAUGUUGGGUUUUACUAUAAUGUCAUCAUAGCCUGGUCUCUGUACUAUCUCAUCUCUUCAUUCACAAUGGACCUUCCAUGGGCAAACUGCAAUAACGUUUGGAACACUCAAAACUGCACUGACCCAAAGCUCCUCAAUGACUCAAUAUUUGGAAAUAUAACCAAGUAUUCAAAACAUAAAAUCACACCAGCUGCAGAGUACUAUGAACGUGGAGUUCUCAAUCUGCAUGAGAGUGCGGGAAUCCAUAACCUGGGAUCGCCACGAUGGCAGCUCUCCCUCUGCCUCUUUGUUGUGGUCAUCGUUAUCUACUUCAGCAUCUGGAAAGGGGUGAAGACUUCAGGAAAGGUGGUGUGGAUCACAGCGACCAUGCCAUACAUGGUGUUAUUUGUGCUGCUGAUUCGGGGAAUCACACUGCCGGGUGCAAUGAAUGGAAUCAAGGCCUACCUGAGCAUCGACUUGGACCGCCUGAAGGAAGCUCGGGUUUGGAUUGAUGCCGCCUCUCAGAUCUUUUAUUCCCUUGGAGCUGGAUUUGGAGUUCUUAUUGCGUUUGCCAGUUAUAAUAAAUUCAAUAAUAACUGCUACAGGGAUGCUAUUCUCACCAGCUCCAUUAACUGUGUGACCAGCUUCUUCUCAGGAUUCGCAAUUUUCUCUGUAUUGGGCUACAUGGCAUUCAAGCAUGGAGUUGACAUUGCUGAGGUAGCAACAGAUGGUCCAGGUUUAGUGUUUGUUAUUUAUCCUGAAGCCAUCUCAACUCUGCCAGGGUCAACUUUUUGGGCUAUUAUGUUCUUCAUAAUGCUGCUGACUUUGGGAAUUGACAGCUCAAUGGGAGGGAUGGAAGCAGUUGUUACUGGAAUUACGGAUGACUUCAAAAUUCUGAAGAAGCAUCGGAAGCUUUUUAGCUUUGCGACUGCAGCAGUCACGUUCCUGGCGGCAUUGGUUUGUAUCACCAACGGUGGAAUUUAUGUGUUUACAAUGUUGGACCAGUUUGCUGCAGGGACGUCUAUCCUUUUUGGAGUAUUAAUAGAAGCCAUUGGAGUCUCAUGGUUUUACGGAGUUGACAGAUUCAGUGAAGAUAUUGAGAGAAUGAUGGGUUCCAAACCGGGUCUCUAUUGGAGAAUCUGCUGGAAGUUUGUUAGCCCAGCAUUUUUACUGUUUGUAGUGAUUGUCAGCAUCGUGAAGUUCAAGCCUCUAACCUAUGAUGAGUACGUAUUUCCAAACUGGGCAAAUCUUAUUGGAUGGGGAGUUGCAAUGUCUUCAAUGUUACUGGUGCCAGUCUAUGCCAUUUACAAACUGCUGUCGGUUCCUGGGACCUUAAAGGAGAGAAUAGCCUACUGCGUCACUCCUGAAAAUGAACAUUAUCUUGUCAAACAGGGGAAAGUGCGACAAUUUAAACUCAAGCAUUGGCUCACGAUAUGACAGCUGAAAAAAAACUUUACAGGGGACUCACUGCAAUGGGUGAAGAAACAACAAACUCCUGGAUUUUGAACACUUUUUUUCUAUUGAAGUGGCGGAGAUGUCAGAUUCCAUUAUCAAUACAACUCAGUGGUGUGUCUGUCCUAUAGCAGUGUGGCUGGCUUUUACCUCCUGACUUCUGUGGCUAAUUGUACAGGAGUGUGGGGGAUUGCUGCUGGCUAUCUGCCACUGAUUGUGUACCUUUGGAUAUCUCCACUUCUUUCCUUAGCAACAUGCACACAGGGAUUUGGUUUGGAAUUCAAAAGCACCUGCGCGAGCAAUAUCACCUGGCACGCUUUCUUCUCAUUGCAUCGAAGGUUUAAAACAAAAAGAGUAGUUUGUUUGCAUUAAAAAAACGUCCCACAGUUAUGAGCUGGCCCAGAACUCCACUCCCUGGACUAACACUGCUUUGCCUACAAAGAUAUUCAUCUAUAUCAACCAAAUUAUCUUCAGCUAUAUUAUAUAUUCAAGUUCAUAAGUGUAUAAGAGGUCAGUUUCUCUCGCCUAACUGUGGCUCCUCACAAGACUAAUUCCCUGGUGCAUCCGAAGCCUUAAAUUUUGCUAAAUGUAGCUUCCACUUUUGAGUUGUCAUGAGAUAUUUUGAAAGGAAUUUUCCCCCCUCAAUACCCACGCUACCUUCCUUCCGUCAUAGCAUCAAGCUGUUUUUCUUUAAAAGAGAGUGUUGCAGGAGGCACCUGUAAAUAUCACUUCCUGUGCACGCAUUCCAUGUGCAGGAAGCACCACUGAAGGCAGCCAUUUAGUGGGACCUGGUUUAUAUCACUGAGUCUGGGGUAUUGAACCCAGCCAAUGAAGUUUUGUGAUAUUAGAAGAAAAUGUCUCAACUUAGUUCCUAUAGUUUCAAUAUAAGUGACAAAUGUUAAUGAUACAAAAAGGCCUUCAUGACAAUAGUCUCAAUCUGUGUAUAAAUAUGGCUAAAAGUAUUGCAUUAUUUAGUAUUAAUGGGUCUUAUAAAUACUUAAGAACUAAAAUAUCACUAAUAAAUAGGCUAGAACUAAGUGAGGGUGUAACAUGGCCUUCCCCCUCACCCAUUCUUCCAGUUGGAGGAAAGUCCUGAACAGAUUACCCUUGAAAUCCAAAGGUUCUCGAGCAUCAACUGUAGAAAUUUCAUCCCUCCCUAAGUCUCCACUAGUCAGUGUGAAGUCGCUUUCUUCCACAGACUAUCUUUCUGAUCCCAGCAGCACUGUGUCCUGUGCAGUAUUUCUCUCAGUCUCCACCUACCCCUCCGUACUUCAGUAUUGUUCCAAGCAAGUAUUUAUCCAUUUUUUAAAAAGAAGUUAAUUUGACAGAGCAUCGGCUGCAUUUGUUGUGUAGGUGUGUGUGUGUGUACCAUCUAUGUGUGGGGGGAAAAUAAUGUAUCCUAAUCUUUAGCAAUGAACUGUUUUCCGAAUAUGCCUCAAACCGCAAUGAAAACAUCAAUGGAGUUAAUUGAGGCAUUUUCAUUACCAGUGUCCUUUGCAGUUGCUUAAAGGUUGGAAAUGUUGAUAAGCAUUUGGAACCGUUAGCGCGUCAGAUUUUCUUCAUAAAUGUGUUUAGUUCCGUUUCUUGAACUAUGUCCUUUCAAACAACACUUCAAGCUUUAUCGUGUCAGCUAAACAUUUUCCAAAGCAAACUGAUGACCAAAAAAAAACACACGGAUAAUUUUACUGAGUAGUUUUCUUCCACUGUUUUUGUAUAUUUUUUUAAAAAUAACUCAUUGAUUUUCUUAGGUUAGACAACUUUUAGCAUUAAAAUCUUAUGCAUUAAGAUUUUUUAAAGCAUCUUGUACAUAAUAGUUUCUAAAUUGUAAUCAGUUGUAUGAAGUGAAGGAAAGAAUAUUAAUCUGUCUGUAUUAAAAAUGAGUAGUAUUCAAGUAACAGUAAUGUUCUUCUUAUAAAGAUCAUUGCAACUAUUUCUGUGUUACAUGUUUUCAUAUGUUAAAUACACAAAUGUAUUUAUCAGAAGUGUUUAUAAAAUGUGAUUGUAAAAUCUAUAUUUUAUUGUAUACCUACUGUUACAUUUGGUCAUGUGCUUUUGUGUAAAUAUGAACUGUUUGGAAGUGUAUUAUAUUGAAUUCCAAAAUAUUAAGAUAUAAUAUUGUGUACAUUCCAAGUUCUGUUUAAAGUGAGUGAAAACUUAUAUACAGUAAUGUAGUAAAAUACGCACAAUGUAACAAUAAAGUGUAUGCCCAUCUGUUAA